GGCCGGAGCCCUAGCCCCAGCCCCAGCCCCAGCCGUGACGUCCGGCCCGUCCUUCCCGCCCCGCGCUGCUGCCCUCCCUCUCCCCCCCCCCGGUGACCCUGCGGCCCUCCCCGCUUCUCCGCGGCCCCCGGGCCUGGGCGGCCCCUCCGAGCUCGCCUUGUGCCACCGGCCCCGGGGCAUCUCCUCGCUCGUCCUCAGGCCGUAACCGUCGCCCCUGUUCGCCCGCGGCCCCGGGAGGGACAGGCAAUGCAGCGGCAGCGGCAGUUAUAUGAGUUCAACCACACUGAAAUGGUCCAGGAGCUUCUGACACCUCUCCACUCUUUGAGUCUUAAGGGAAGUUUGAUAUGAGGCUCAGCUGAUCUUAGUCUGUAACAUGAACAAUCUAAACAUCAACAACAUAUAAAGCAUGUGGUGCCGUAGGUUGAUGCAUGUAUUCCCCAGCACCCAGUGCCUGCUGAAUAGAAAUUAUAGACACCAGUCAUCGUGGCAUCAGUGUUUCAGAAACGUCUUCCCGACUACUACAGCCCGUUGGCACCACACAGUCCCAGAGUCUCUGAAUUGUAUCUGGCAGUUGCAUAACGAUCAUUUGGAGCUCAGGUAUGCAGGUACCCUGAUGCGCUUUGACUAUGUGUGGCUGCGUGAUCACUGCCGCUCAGCAUCCUGCUACAAUGCCAAGACUAAUCAGCGCAGCCUAGAUACAGCCAGUGUGGAUCUGUGCAUCAAACCAAAGACAGUCCGAGUAGAUGAGACUACACUCUUUCUAACAUGGCCAGAUGGUCAUGUGACUCGGUACGGGUUAGAGUGGCUGGUGAAGAACAGCUACGAGGGGCAGAAGGAGCAAGUCAUGCAUCCUCGAAUUCUCUGGAAUGCAGAGAUCUACCAGAAAGCUCAGGUACCAUCCACUGACUGCAAGAGCUUCCUGGAAACAAAUGAGGGCCUGAAGGAGUUCCUGCAGAACUUCCUGCUGUAUGGAAUUGCUUUUGUAGAAAAUGUUCCCCCAACCAAAGACGACACAGAAAUCUUAGCUGAGAGGGUCAGCUUGAUCAGAGAGACCAUCUAUGGUCGAAUGUGGUAUUUCACCUCUGACUUCUCCCGGGGAGACACCGCAUACACAAAACUGGCUCUGGAUCGUCACACUGACACCACCUACUUCCAGGAACCCUGUGGCAUCCAGGUGUUCCACUGCCUCAAGCAUGAAGGGACAGGUGGCCGGACGCUGCUUGUGGAUGGGUUCUACGCAGCAGAGAAGGUGCUCCAAAAAGCUCCUGAAUCUUUUGAGCUGCUCAGCAAGGUGCCAUUGAAGCAUGAGUAUGUGGAAAAUGUAGGAGGCUGUCACAAUCACAUGAUUGGUGUUGGGCCUGUUUUGAACAUCUAUCCUUGGAACAACGAGCUCUAUUUGAUCAGGUACAAUAACUAUGACCGGGCAGUCAUCAACACAGUGCCUUACGAUGUAGUGCAUCGCUGGUAUGCUGCACACCGAACACUCACCACAGAAUUAAGGAGACCAGAAAAUGAACUCUGGGUCAAACUGAAGCCAGGCAAGGCACUGUUUGUGGAUAACUGGCGAGUACUUCAUGGGCGGGAAUCAUUCACAGGAUACCGCCAGCUCUGUGGGUGCUACUUGUCGAGAGACGAUGUGCUGAAUACUGCACGGUUCCUGGGGAUGAAAGCUUAGCAUGGACUGUCUGCAGCUGAGAGGCAGGCAACGUUCGACAAGCUGCAGUGCCCCAGGAUUGUAUAUCACCAGGAUGAAAAUGGUCUGGAUACCUCAACCCUUCCAUCCGUUCUAGACAGUCCCUGGUGCCUGGGGGAGCACUCCGAGGUCGGAGGGCACCAAAGCAUUGCCUAAUUGCAUCCUCCCAUUGAAAAAUCACACUGCUUUCCCCCCCUCCCCUGCCCUGUGCACCACCCGAGGACCUUUUAGCACAGUCUGGUUCAGAGUCACAAGGAAGACGCUGAGGCAGAGCUAAUCAGGAUACCGUCAGAAAUUCUCCCACUCAAGUGCCUUUUGGAUUAUAAAUGAGGAUAUGAAAGCCUUAUAUUUCCUCUGUUCAUCAAUGGUUGCUUUUUUCAGCCACUAGCUUAGGUUUUUAUUGUACAUGGCAGAGUUGCUUUUUUUUGCUGUCUUUUUCUCUGAGCUACAUGAGAGUCUCCUCUACAGAGAGGAUUUCAGUGAUCCUACUUGAAACAGUGUAGAAAUCAAGCCACUCCAGCUUGGGCUUGGUGAUACACUUCAGUAACUUCUCUUCUACUUACAGACACCCCACACCAUGUAAACAUAGAAAUAAUAGGGCUGUAGAGACAGCAUCUUAUUUCUCCACUAUUUGAGAGUAAGGCAUGCUGACUGAAGGCCCAGCUGAAUCAGCCAGUGCAGCUGGGACAUCUCCAAACAAGUUUUAGUUGGAAAAGUAAGGAGGAGAGGGAAAAGUGAUCUAUGGGGGGAGGGAAGCAAAGCACGGUCCCCCUUGGGUGUAUAAAGUGAGAGCAGUAUUUCCCAUGUCACUUCAUGGAGUGGUAAAAGGUUUGUGCCCAGCAUUCCUGCAUCCUACUCCACCAGCUGCUUGGAGCUUCCCUGUAUCUACAGUACAGGUACAGCUGCUGUAGGGUUUUCCUGAAGACUCCACUUGUGUCCGUCUGUCCCACCAUUUUGAAGCCUACAAGCUUUACAUAGGAGAACUCUCCAUUUGCUCCUGGAGAAGGCUUGGAUAUGUAACCCAUGUUUUUAUACCUGUAGGUACUUAAUGAGAGAUGCUUUUCAAGCCCCCAAAAGAAGUGAACAAACAGGGGUGACUGGUUUGUUUAUCUUUACAGUUGCCUCUUAAAAUAUUUAUUAACAAGCUGUUUCUUCUUAAGAACACCUGACUGAGAACCAAGAAGAUUUUUUAAAUUCUCAUUCCCUUUUCAUUCUUUAGACAGUGUGACUGUUUUUCUGCUUCACUCUGCUUGGACAUGGAAGCUAAGUUUGGUUGCUCCCAUGUCCUGGUUCUCAUGCUCUAGGAAGAUGCUGUUGUGUUUGGGUUGCAAAAGCAGCCCAAGGAUGCUUAUGUACCAAACCAACCACCUUUUGUGUGGGCCAAACUACAUGACGGUGGAAUUGCUCCCAUAGGCACUGAGAUGCUCCUUCAGUCAUUGGGCUUGGCCCUGAAGGGCUUCAAGUAACUGCAGAGCAUUGCAUGAAGCCAUCAACUGGGUACAAGUGUGUUUCAGUGACCCUGAAUUCAGGUAUUACAAACUUGUGCCAGGAGGUUCCUUUUCAGUCAUGUGCAUCUCCCAAAACCCUGUCAGCCUCUGUUACAGGAGGCUGCUGCUUCUGUCUUGCAGCAUGGAAAACAAGUCAAGCACUGUACAAAGAAUACCGCUCCUAUCCAUUACUUUAUUUAAAGAGAACUUGAUUACAGAUAACUCUUAUUAUUUGACUGCCAGCUAGCAGAGCUCUUAAUUCUAAAGCUUAUUAAAAGCGUUUCGUUUGAAAAGUUAGAUUUAAAUAGCAAACUAAAAAUGUCAUAUUCUGUGUCUCCCAAAGGUCAGUCAGCAACACCAGCAAGGUCAGCUUUGCCUUCUGGCUUUCAGUGUUUAGUACAAUGACAUCUCAGUCUUAGACUGCUGCGUGGGGGUGUCCAAGAAAAGCCCAUAGUAUUUUAAUUGAAAUUGGUGGAAAAACCCAAUUAUAUUCAACAUCUUAAAAUAUUUACAGAGUGGAAAGGGACCUUUGCCUUGUAAAAAUUGAACCUGAAACUUAAAUAAAAGACUCAUGGGAAGGAAGUGAAGGUGAUUCCAGAAUCCCUUUGCUCUGUAUGGAGUAUUCUGUAGGCAUGUUUAAUUGGGAGUUUACAUAUGUGACACCCUAAUCUAAGUAUCCUAAUCUCAGAAGGCAGCACUGUGGGCUAUGCAGCCAGUGAAGCUCUGCCCACUAACAAAGGAAAAUGCAGAGGUGGAAACCUCACAUGACCUACUACUUGCCAGAGUUUUGGUGCUUUACAUAACUGAAGCUUCCAUAGCGAGGCCUUGUAUAUUGACAAAAGACUAGUGCAGGGUGUGCCUUUAUAAUAGGGAAUGGCAUGCUGCAGGACUAGUGGAAUUCAUACCUAACUGCCAGUGAAAAAGAAUGGGUUAUGGGUCUGCUAAGGAGUGAUCUAGUAGAAACUGAACCCUCCUUCCAGAGUAGCUGGAAGUUGCUAUCCAUUAAUUCCCUGUAAAAAUAACAUGGUGCUGUUUUGCUUUGUCUGGUUGCAGGACGUGGGGAAAGCUGUCUAGGCUAAACCAGGAAUGUAUUAAUGUCUGAAACAUUAUUUUUCUUGUAUGUAUUUUUCAACUUUUCAGAAUCCAUCAUCAGCAGUAAAUGUGGAAGGAGAGAAAACUUUUGCUUUAAGCUUUGUUCUCCACCUUUUCCCAGAUACCGGAGGAUUGAUUUUUCUCCUAAACAGCUUGCUGAUGUCAGACCUUCUUUGGAGAAACAGGAUUGCUUAGAGUCGCACACUAACCUUCUAUACAAAUCUAUGCAUUUGUCUUAGUGCCAUGUAUGGAAGAGCUUACAUCUACUACAGUGUUCUUUGAUCAAUCUUUGUAAUCAAGCUUUUGAGAUUUUUUUUUCUUUGGCUAAUAAAAGAUUAACUGCUUCCUUUCCCCAUCCCACUGUGAAGUGAAAUUCAAGUUUUAUAUAAAAAUUGUAUCCCUCAUUUGUCAUUCCAGUGUCAGUACUCUGUACAGGGAGCCCAUCCUGUGUCCAUGCUGCUUCAGUGUUCUUCUCCAGUAGUGCUUCAACUCAGAAAACGAAUUUCUUAAAGGGUCUUUGGGAUCAUGUUUAAUUUCCCCUCUGCCUCAGGCACAGGAAAAGAUGCCAGAUUGUGAUAGUUUUGCAUUGUUCCUAUUGAAGCCAGUGUAAAGUGCUACACAAGUCUCACGCUGACUAGCAGAAGGCAAGAAAUACAGCUGGCCACUGUGCCAUUUUGUCUCUUGCCUUACAUGCUACACUGGCUCUGCGCUGCUCAGAGACUGCCCUCAAAAACAAGCUCCACUCACCUGCUCUGCACACUCCGAGAACCAUUGGUGAUGCAUAGGGACACGUGCACGUGCACCCCUGAGAUCGGCUGUGCACUCCCUGGAAGCUCCAGCCGCAAAACAGGAAGUGCACUUCUGGUUUCGUUGCUGGCUUGGUGAUUGGUGGCUGGGGGACCCUCCCCCUCCCCUCAUCGGCAAUCUGGUGCCCUCCCCCCGACUCAGGAGGCACCAGUCGCCCAUGCUGAGAGCAAAACUGAGGCAAUGAGGGUGCUUCAGGGGCAGCCCUCUACAGGGCUGAUAGUUCAAUGAUCAUCUCAGAUGCAGCACUUGCUAGCACAUCAAACACAAAUGCAUUCAUUCAUGCCCAGAUGCACAAAAAAGCGCAGGAACCUUAAAGCAUGUACACAACUCAAAUGAGGGCGCCUUACAGAUGUUGAAAGAAACAUCUAAAAGAUCUGAAUUGUGCCUGGCCUGCAGAUUUAAGCCUUGGCCAUUUUGUAGUCAUCUUUCUCUUCCUCUGCCGUUCUGGGGUGAGAUUCUGGCACUCCCUCCCUCUGCAUAUUGCUACAUUGAAAGCUAUGCCAUCUACUCUAGCUCUUUCCAGUCACACCCUCUGAAAUUAAUCUCGUCUCUCUCUCUAGAACUCUAUUGCACGGUCAAUUUUGUAAGUCAAGGUCUGUCAAGCAACUUUGACAAAUUUCUACCCCUAAUCUAUUUUAUUGUUUGAGGGCAAUGUGAUUGCCUUUCUUUCAUUUUGCAUUCACAUAAUUGUAAAAGGUUUCAAAGGUAAAAGGUGAUUAUAGGUAACUCGGGUCCCUCCUUCAAAAACAUUCCUCACCUUUGGACAGUGCCCUGUGUUGCAAUCAGGUGGAUGUGCUGGAACAGCUUGAAUGUUUCCAAUUACUGGUACAAUAAAUGUUUUGAAGACUUUUUUUA